GUGCGGCCCCUACCCGUGCCAGUCGGGCAAGGACACGAAAACGAAAACAGGGAAAUUAGCUGCUUCAUUCAGGUCUUGGCACCAAAAAGAAGAAAGGAAGGAAGAAAUCGCUGACUCAUAGUAGUCCUGGUUAGAACCCGCGCGGGAAAUCAGAUCACACCGCUGAGGCGAUUCUAAUAAUCCCUGCACUUGAAUUCUUCAAAAAUGGAUCUGAAUCCUCCUGCAGGGGAGAACUACGCACACCCAAAGAUAUGUUUCUUCCAUGUGUUCUUCAAGGCUGCAGCAUUGGCGUUUUACAUACUUUCAGCUGUGUUUGUUGAUAGCUUUGUUAUCAUAUUCGUGGUCACUGUUCUGCUAGCAGCUCUUGAUUUUUGGGUCGUUAAGAAUGUGAGUGGACGUAUCUUAGUGGGGCUGAGAUGGUGGAAUGAAAUAAAUGACGAGGGUGAAAGUGUGUGGAAAUUCGAAUGCCUUGACCAAGAGUCAUUGGCUCGCAUGAAUAAGAAGGAUUCUUGGCUUUUCUGGUGGACACUAUAUCUUACAGCUGUUGCUUGGAUCUUUCUCGCAAUAUUUUCACUCAUUAGGUUCCAGGCUGACUAUCUCCUUGUUAUUGGAGUUUGCUUGACACUCAGCAUUGCAAAUAUUGUUGGCUUUACUAGAUGCCGCAAAGAUGCGAAGAAGCAGCUUCAAGCAUUUGCAACUCAAACCCUUGCCUCCCGGGUAUCAUCAACCAUUCAAUCCGCAUUUAGUGUUGUCUAAUGAAGUCUUUCAAGAUCUGGAUUGGGGACGAUCCCGACAACUCUUGAAUGGUCACUUUGGUCAGCCAAGUUGAAGGAGAGGUCACUGUAUCAAAACGGUCUACACCUUUUUCAGAUUUGUAGAGAUGAUGGCACAUUACUAUGCUUUUCAAAAUAUCUUUGACCACUACAGGGGCCUUGCAUGUUGAAUCUACCAUAAAAUAAGUUUUUUUUAUAUCAUCUUAUUACUAAUAAUCUAUCUAAUUUUACACCUACUAGGUCGCUUGGUUACCUGGACUCGGUUAACCUGCAAAAUGUUUUGUUUUUUCGUAAGUUAUAGCAUGGAAUGGGUUGACCAUGUCCAAAAGUAAAAUCUUUGGUAAUACUUAAUUGGCCGAACCAGCGAAAUAUGGAUUGAGAUCAUCUUGCAGAGUGCCAUGUCCUCGUGGAGGGCAGGGAUUAAAACUUAAGCCUCGAAAUUUGUGGAAAAAGUGGACUCCAUCUUCUACCAUUGGAAUUAAGAUCAACAAGAAGCCCCAAUGUAUCCGAUGCUGUUUACUUUACACGGAUGAAAUAUUUUUUUUGAUCGUCAAAUCUCCAUAUUAUUAAUGUAACAUAUCGUUAGCCAAAUGGCUUCUAGUAAUACGAAUAGAUUUAUACUCCCCAUACUGAUCUGGUGAAUUUACA